CGAAAUAGAAAUAUUAAAAUUUAAAGGGCCUCGGUGAGUAAAUUUGGCGUCUAUAUAAUUGGAAAAUCCAUAUUAGCCAAACCAACCGCAAUCGAGGCGACGAAAGGUUGUACGGACAGCUGCUAGGGUUUUUAGCUAUCGUCUUCGUGCAACUCCAGAUUUCUUAAACGAUGUCUCGUGUGUAUGUGGGAAACCUAAGUCCACGGGUAACGGAGCGGGAUCUUGAAGAUGAGUUUCGUGUUUUUGGAGUUAUACGAAGUGUAUGGGUUGCACGAAGGCCACCUGGUUAUGCCUUUAUCGACUUUGAUGACAGUAGGGAUGCUGAGGAUGCAAUUCGUGAAUUAGAUGCAGGUAAGAAUGGAUGGAGAGUUGAACUUUCUCACAACUCUAGAGGCGGUGGUGGUGGUCGUGGAGGAGGUCGAGGACGUUCUGGUGGUUCUGAUUUGAAGUGCUAUGAGUGUGGUGAGCCUGGUCAUUUUGCUCGUGAAUGCCGUCUGCGUGGUGGUUCAGGAAGACGUCGUAGCCGCAGCCCCCCUAGAUAUCGUAGAAGUCCCAGUUAUGGCCGGAGGAGCUACAGCCCUCGCUGGCGGUCCCCUAGACGUCGCAGUUUAUCACCUCGUGCACGCAGCUAUAGCAGGUCACCACCAUACCGUGGACGUGAGGAGCUGCCUUAUGCCAAUGGUAAUGGUCUGAGGGAUCGGCGACGGAGCAGGAGUUAAGGAUAUUGCAGGAAUGGUAACUUGGCUUUCUUAAGUGAUACUGGAAUUGAGUGUAUGUAGUGUGCUUGGACAUCAGCACAACUCUGUUUAAAUUGGGGGACGCCCUCUGCCUCUACUCUCUAAUUUGGUUAAGUUCCUCCCUUUCUUAAUUUGAGCUGGUUUUUUGUUUAUUCUCUUUUAAAAUAGUUGUAGGCAAAAGGAUAUUAAGGUAAUGAUCAUAACUUUGAUUUGAGUGUUUUGAAGAA